GAGUUUGAAAGGGGGAAACAGAAAACAUGACGUAUACACCUAUGUUCUGGCUGAUCCCAUGGAGUGGAGCGGCUGGCGCGCCCCAGGCUGAGUGACUUCCACUGCCUUAGCUCUAGCUAUGUGGUCCGCACUCUUAUGUCAAGCCUGCGAAGUCAGCUCGACAUGGUUUCCCUGUUUUCCCCAAGCCUCAUUUUCCAGUUGCUCGAUGCAUCUGCAAGUGAUCGAUGCACCUCGUCUCACCUCGAGUGUCACCCUGUUUUUAGCAUCAUCCAUUACUCUGUGUUCAAAUGGACGUUGAUCGACAGGGGGAGACAGACCUCGCCUCAGCUUUUUCUUGGACAUGUGUUUGGCCUGUACGUUGGGACUGGGAACUACCCCUCGACAUUGAAUCUGCGCAUGGUGAGCUCGAAUUUGGUAUGUAUUCAAACUCUGCUUGCGUAGAUCACCUCACAUUGGUGGCCAGCAGAAUUUGUAGCAGGUGCUAACCGUUGAAAGCGACUCGGG